GAUGACAGCAGGACGUUGUUGAUGCUGAGAGACAGAGACUCAGCCUGAAGCUCCGGAGCCCCCCCCCGGUCUGUCUCCCGGUCUGUCUCCCGGUCUGUGUCCCGGUCUCUGUCCCGGUUCCAGUCUGUCUUCCGGUUCGUGUCCCGGUCUGAGUCCUGGUCCGUGUCCCGGUCUGAGUCCCGGUCCGUGUCCCGGUCUGUGUCCCGGUCUGAGUCCCGGUCCCGGUCCUCGUCAUGUCGGUGAACAUGGACGAGCUGCGCCACCAGGUGAUGAUCAACCAGUUCGUGCUGACCGCGGGUUGCGCCGCGGACCAGGCGAAGCAGCUGCUCCAGGGGGCCCACUGGCAGUUCGAGACGGCCUUGAGCUCCUUCUUCCAGGAGGCCCACAUCCCGGCUCACCACCACCAGAUGAUGUGCACGCCCAGGAACACGCCGGCCACGCCCCCCAACUUCCCCGACGCCAUCACCAUGUUCUCCAAGCUGCGAGCGUCUGACUGCGGCCCCAGCCCCCCCCAGGCGUCCAUGGCCUGCUCCCCCCCGGCCGCCUCCUCCUUCGGCUCCUUCUGGGCGUCGUCUCCGCCCGGCCACCAGCCGGCCUGGCUGCCCCCCCCCUCCUCUCCCACCGGCCACCACGUGCACCACCACCACUUCCACCGGCAGCAGGCGCCCAUGUGGCCCCCGGGGGCCCACCAGCCCAGCGGCGCCCAGCAGCCCCCCGUCGUACCGGCGCUCCACGGGCAGAGAUGA